CACAGAACGCCGCAAAGGUCAAAUCUGGCUGCCAGUCACUUCGACCUUUAAUACCAAAUCUCCCCAGCGACUCAUUCCCCUCAUCGAUCGGUCGAAUCGCUACAGUACACUGAAGACGACCAUGUCUGACAUUCCUUCGGGGAAGUUCCAGCCUGAUGCGCAAACACAUUCGCUGAGCGCAAUAGACGAAUCCAAUCAGCAAGGUGCAACAUCGCUGGAGUCUCUUCGAGGCUUGCUGGAUGGAGCUAAGCGCGAUGCAGCCUUGAAGCAGUACUCGAGCGCCGCCGACAAGCUAGCCGAAGCGCUCGAAGGUCUGCGCGAGACGUAUGCUGAAGAUUCGCCAGAAUUAGCGCCCAUCUUUCAUCGCUAUGGACAUGCUUUGCUGGAGCAUGCUAUCACCACCUCCGGAGCAUUGGGCGGCGGAGGUGGAGCAGCGGGACCUGCCGAGGCGUCCAUUCCCAGUCGUGGAGGUGCAAGCGGCGCAGCAUCAUCCUCAAGCAAGCCCAAGACGGACAAUGCAGCGAAUGGUAUCGCAAAGGAUGAGCGUUUCAGUUUUGGAGGAGAUGGGCCAGAAUCGGACGACGAAGGCGCUGCUAAAGGUGGAGAGGAGGCACCUGCCGACCAAGAGGAAGAAGAGGACGACCUCAGCGUGGCUUUCUCUGUUUUGGAACUUGCUAGAGUUCGAUAUGAAAAAUUGAUCGAACAGGGAGACGACGUCAAUUUGAACACGCUGGAUGGCGAGCAGUGGAGCUCGUUGCAGAUCAAGGCGCAGCUGGCCGAGGUGCUCAAUGAUUUGGCGGAUGUAGGUCUCGAAUCAGAGAACUUUCAACAAGCUUCAGCAGACUACUCCUCAGCCUUGACGCUGCUCACACCACUACUGCAGCGUCAUUCGCGUCGACUUGCAGACGCCUAUCUCCGACUUGGUCUGGCGUUGGAGUACCACCCAGAGAUGGAACAGAGAGCAGAGGCGAAAAAGUACGUGGAAGGAGCUCUGCAUGCUCUGGAGACGCGCAAGGAGUCUCUGGAAUUCCGGGUAAAGGUGUUGAGCCAAGGAGAUGAGAAGUUGAAAGCGGAAGCUGCUGCUGCGCUUGUCCGCGAGGAAAAGGCUCGAGAGGAGAGCGUCCGAGCGGCGAGGGAGAGGGAUGACCUGCAGGCUGGGCAGGAUGCUGGUGGAAAAGGCAAGGGUAAAGAUGCAGCGGUGAAGGAUGUGCCUUUUGAAAGGGACGAUGUUGCCGAGAUGGGCGAGGAGAAGGUCAAGUCUGAGCUGAAGGAUGUGGAGGAGAUGCUGCAGGAGCUCAAAGCAAAGCUCGAAGAGUACGCGCAAGCACCUCCCGAAACGUCGUUGGCUCCCGCAGGAUCGGCGCAAGCGCUGAGCGGCGAUCAGGAGUCCUUGCAGAAAGCCAUCACCGAGGCUCUUCUGGGCGGAUCGACCAACCCUUUUGGCGCUUCCUCCUCCUCCUCCAGCUCUGCCGCGCAGAUCGGAGCACUGGAUCCGAAUGCCAAAGUCAACGAUCUGAGCUCGAUGGUGAAGCGCAAAAAGAAGAGCAGUGUGGAAGAGAAGGGUGCGGAUGCCAGCGGUGGCAAACGCAAAGUAGAUGCCGAAGAAUCGGGGGUGAGCAUUUUGCAGCAGCAGCAGCAGCAAGAUGCGACUUUUGCGGAACAGGAUGGUGCGAGCGCGAAACGCGCACGUGUAGAGACGGUGGAGGAGUAGAUGUGGGUCGCGCCCGCAUACGUGCGACGCUCGCGAUGAGUCAAGCGAUCGAGACGUUUGCAUGUAGCCGUAGCUCGAUGCGACUUUUGGGGAGAAAUGCAUGACAUUCGCGAUG